AUGACGAGUAGUCGUGCGGGUGGUAGUGGCGGAGGCGCUAGUGAUAGUUAUAAUGAAUUGGAUCUCACUGUGCAAGAGGCGAUUGAUCGAUUGCUCCGGCAGAGACGGCAGCGGCAGCAGGCGGCGGCGGCGGUACCUCGGCCGAUCCAUCGCCGACGUCAUGUACCCCGGGACCACAUUGCUGCACAUAUUCGGUUGUAUGAGGACUACUUUGCUCCGCAGCCGCGUUUUGGGGAUGCCUUAUUCCGGCAACGUUUUAGGAUGCAUCGUCCUCUGUUUAUGCAUAUCGUGGGUGCUUUAGAGAGAAGAUACGAGUUUUUCGGGAUCAAGGAGGAUGCGGCUGACAAACCCGGACACACGGCAAUACAGAAGUGCACUGCCGCAAUCAGGCAACUAGUGUACGGAGGCCCGGCCGACAUGUUUGACGAGUACCUCCACAUUGGCGAGUCUUCAGCCGUCGAGUGUCUGUUGAAUUUUUGCGCGGGCGUUAGAUCGAUAUUCGGGGAUCAGUAUCUUCGGCGUCCGAGCCCCGAAGACUGCCAGCGGCUGAUAAAUAUGCACGGGUCGGUGCACGGGUUCCAUGGGAUGUUGGGCAGCAUAGAUUUUGCCGGAUCGAACAACGACCUCGGCGUCUUCCAGUCGUCGCCCCUGUUCAACGAUCGGUGCAAUGGUGUUGGUCCCGCCAUUAGUUUCGUCGCCAACGGUAACCAGCACAAUAUGGGAUACUAUUUGGCGGAUGUGAUAUACCCAAACUGGUUCGUCUUUGUGAAGACGAUCAAGCAUGAGGUCGGACCAAAGAAGUCCUACUUUGCGAGCCGUCAGGAGGCAGCGCGCAAGGAUGUUGAGCGCGCAUUUGGUGUGCUCCGAGUCGAUGGGGGAUGGUGA